AUGAUCCCAAGAGAUCAAGACAGAGAAAGAUAUGCAAGGACUAGGCGAAAGCUACGGAUUAAAGUGAAAAAUGUUUUUGAUUUUGCUAAAAUAUAUCGUUCAAGAAUAUUUUAUGGGAGUUGUUCUGUGAAGCCGGUUCGAAAGUCGGCAGUUAUUCUUCUACAUUCGUUGAGUGGAUUAGAAACGCAAAAAAUGAAAUUCUUCAUUGCAUUCGCCUUAUUGGCGGUAGUGAGCGCCGAUGUAUCACAUUUAUUCUCACACAGCGACAAUUUACAAGCUGACGGUUAUCAUUAUCAGCAACCACAUAAAGCAUUUGAAACCGCACCAGUUCCAGUUGUCGAUGUUCCAGUAGUAAAUCGUGAGUACUUGCCACCUCAACAUCAUCAUGGUGCUGCAUCCACUCAGCACUCCUCUGUUGCAGCUCAUAAAUCAUCUGGUUCUUUCCAACAAAAACCAGCUGCUAGCUUCCAAUCACACUCCUAUGAAUUGCCUGCCGCAACCGUUGAACAUGUUUCAGCCUCAUUUGCACCAGCAGCAUCAGAAGAACAUGUAUAUACAGCUCCAAAACCAAGCAGUUUUGCUAGCAAUUAUCAAGCAGCUGCCACUUUUGCUCAACCAGCUGUAAGGGCUCCAAUCCCAAAACCAGUUGCUUCAACUAGCUUCCAACAAACUUCAUAUGUUGCAAAACCAGCUGCUUCUGCUGUUCACUCUUACACAGCUAGCGCUCCAGCUGCUGAGGUGGGUUUCCAACCUCUUGCCACUGGAUUCCAAGCUGCUGCUACUUUCAGUCAACCUGCUGUUACCGCACGUUUUGAGAAACCCGCUGCUACUUUCCAACAAACUUCAUUUGUGUCACAACCAGCUGCUUCCUCCUACAAUGCCGUAACUGCUGCUAAACCCGCUGCAUCCGUUGGCUUCCAAGGUGCUUCAACUGGCUUCAAAGCUGCUUCAACUGGAUUCCAAGCCGCUGCUACUUACAGUCAACCUGCUGUUACCGCACGUUUCGAGAAACCCGCUGCUACUUUCGAACAAACUUCAUUUGUGUCACAACCAGCUGCCUCUUCCUACAAUGCCGUAACUGCUGCUAAACCCGCUGCAUCCGUUGGCUUCCAAGGUGCUUCAACUGGCUUCAAAGCUGCUUCAACUGGAUUCCAAGCCGCUGCUACUUACAGUCAACCUGCUGUUACCGCACGUUUCGAGAAACCCGCUGCUACUUUCCAACAAACUUCAUUUGUGUCACAACCAGCUGCUUCCUCCUACAAUGCCGUAACUGCUGCUAAACCCGCUGCAUCCGUUGGCUUCCAAGGUGCUUCAACUGGCUUCAAAGCUGCUUCAACUGGAUUCCAAGCUGCUGCUACUUUCAAUCAACCUGCUGUUACCGCUCAAUUCCAGGGUGGAUUCCAAGGUGGUUUCAAACAAGUAACAUCCGGACAAUUCGGUUCUUCUGGUGCUAAUGUUGGUGCUGCCUCUACUUCAUUCUCAAGUUAUACAGCACCAAGAGCUGGUGAUUUGGAUAAAAAUGGUUAUCAUUAUGAAAACCCAAAAAUUCCUUUUGAGCCAGUAAAACCAAAACCAGUCGUUGUACCACAGAAACCAAUCAUUGUACCAAAAAAACCAGUUGUAGUACCACAAAAGCCACAUAAUGAAUAUUUGCCACCCCAACCAAUUGCACCAAAACCAGUUGCACCUAAACCAGUUGUACCUAAAGUAACACCACCAGCACCAAAACCUAGACCAGUCAUUCCUCAAAAACCUGAUUUGGAAUACUUGCCACCACAGCCAAAACCAGCACCCAAACCAGUGAUUCCAAAAGUAGUGCCAAAGCCUGUACCAAUUGCACCAAAACCAUUUGUGCCAGCACCAAAGCCAGUGCCAGUUCCAGUGAAACCUAAGAAUGAAUACUUACCACCACCAUCAAAGCCAGAACCAGGCUAUCACUACCCCAACGACCCUCAACCAUCUUUUAAUUUCUAA